CAUGGUGAAAUCUGACGAUCCUUUCACGAAACUUUCCGAAAGCCUCUUCGCACGUGAUCGUAUCAUUCCGUCGGUAAUCGCGGGUCUCCGGGUCGGUCUCGCGAAAUCGUAUCAUUUAUUGAACAAUGGCCGCGGUACUCGGACGCGUAAUUGUGUACGGGGGUAAGGGUGCCCUCGGCUCGGCCUGCAUAUCGCAAUUCAAAUCGCAAAAUUGGUGGGUUGGCUCCAUUGACAUGAAGCCAAAUGAACAAGCAGAUGCGAAUAUGAUUGUAAAUCCAGACAAUAAUUGGCAGCAGCAGCAAACAGAGAUCUUGGCCCAAAUUAAAGAAACACUGAAAAAUGAAAAAAUCGAUGGCAUUAUCUGCGUAGCUGGGGGAUGGGCUGGAGGUAAUGCAGCACACAAGGAUUUCGUGAAAAACAGUGACUUAAUGUGGAAACAGAGCGUUUGGAGUUCUGUUAUAGCUGCUAGUAUCGCUGCUGAAUACUUAAAGGAAGGGGGAUUCCUCUCUUUGACUGGUGCUAAGCCAGCGUUAGGAGAAACACCAGGUAUGAUUGGCUAUGGAAUGGCAAAGGCAGCUGUUCAUCAGUUGACAAAAUCUCUGGCGGCCAAAGAUAGUGGUCUUCCUCCCAACAGCUUAGUAGCUUGCAUAUUACCAGUUACUUUAGAUACGCCAAUGAACAGAAAAUGGAUGUCCAAAGCUGAUACAAGCACAUGGACUCCACUUGAGUUUGUUUCCAAUUUGUUCUGGAAAUGGUCUCAAAAUCAAGAUCGGCCUGCUAACGGUUCUCUUCUGCAACUCAUUACCAAGGACAAUAAGACGGAGCUAAUCACAGCUUAAAGAUAUCAAAUGAAAUAAAAUUCAUGGGAACAAAAGUCUCGGAACAUUUAUGACAAUAUGAUAAUAGAUGUCGUUUAUUGUUAUGUAAAGAAGAGAGAUAUGUUCAAGAGCGGCAAGUCCUCCGAAAGUUAUAUUUGUAUCAAGAACCAAUGUAAUUUUUUUAUAAGUUUUUAAAUGUUCAUUCCAACAUUAUAUAUUUUUGUAUUGUGUACAUAAAUCAUUUAAUAUUUUAAAGAAGAUAAUUUUAGUGCAUGUGCAUAUACAGUGACAUAUCUGUUUUUGUUGCGAAUGUAGAAUAUAUAUACAUACAUAUACUAUAUUAAAUGUUGCAAAAACAAAAAAGAAAAAUUACUUAAUGCAUCAUGAACAAA